UAGACUAAUUUGUUGUGCGGCAGUGUUCAAAAAAAAAAGAUUGUUGUGCGGCAAGUCCAAUAUCGAAUCGGAUCGGGCCGAUUUUUGGUCGCCUUCUUCUUCAGUUGGGUCAGAAAAUAUGUCGUCCUGGUCUUGCCCCGAAGGCUUGUUGUUCGUCGCGGCAUCUGCCGUUGCUAGUGUUGCUGUCACCUGGGCAACGUGGGCCUUGCUCGAGGACCACCACGAUAGGCUCGCCUACAACGAGCUCCUCGGCAUCAAGCCCUUGGACGCCACCGGCAGCCUCAGGACCUUGGACGCCGCCGCGGCUGAUCCCGUCAUCGGCCGUGAUGACGAGAUCGACCGCGUCGUCUGCAUCCUCUGCCGGCGCACCAAGAACUGCGCCGCGCUCGUCGGCCCCGCGGGGGUCGGCAAGACGGCCAUCGUCGAAGGCCUCGCACAGCGCAUCGCUGCCGGGAAUGUCCCCGAAACGCUCGUCGGCGCGCGCAUCGUGGAGGUUGACAUGGGGUCCAUGAUGGCCGGGACGCACUGGCGCGGCAUGUUUGAGCAGCGCAUCAAGGACGUCAUCAAGGAGGCAGAGGAGGCGGAAGGCAAGGUCAUCUUGUUCAUCGACGAGAUGCACAUGGUCGUUGGCGCCGGCGGCGACAAAGGAGGCCCCAUAGAUGCCGCCAACAUCCUCAAGCCGGCGUUGGCCCGCGGCCGCAUCCGUUGCGUGGGCGCCACCACCUCCGAAGAGUAUCAAAAGUACAUCCAGAAGGAUGCAGCGCUUGAGCGUCGGUUCCAGAAGGUUGUCGUCGAGGAGCCGAGUGUGCAUGCGACCAUUGCCAUCCUGCAGGGGCUGAAGCACAGGUACCAAGAGCACCAUGGCAUAAAAGUCCAGGACGAUGCUCUUGUAGCCGCUGCACAUCUCGCUGCCCGCUACAUUACAGGCCGCAAAUUCCCUGAUAAAGCAAUUGACCUUAUGGAUGAGGCAUGCGCCACAACAAAGAUGCACGCGGACAAACAAACGACCGCGGAAAUUGUUGUUAGCCCUGGACAUGUAGCACGGGUUGUGAGCCGAUGGACUAAAAUUCCUCUCGCUACACUUGACCAAGAGGAGAAGGAGAAGUUGAUCCACCUAGCGAAAAAAUUGCAUGAGCGUGUUGUUGGCCAGGAUGAAGCUGUUAAUUUGGUUGCGCAAGCAGUCCUACGUUCUAGGGUUGGCUUUGGUCAAUCCGAACAACCGAUAAGUGCAUUCCUCUUUUUGGGCUCGCUUGGCGUCGGAAAGACAGAACUUGCUAAAGCCCUUGCUGAGAAGAUAUUUGACAGCGAGAAAGCAUUGAUUCGCUUUGAUAUGUCGGAAUAUGCUCAGAGUGGAUCUGUGACACGUCCCAUCGGAGGAUCUCGAAGCUACGAAGAAGAUGGACAACUCACCGAGAAAGUCAAGCGGUGCCCAUAUAGUGUUAUCCUUUUCGACCAAGUGGACAAAGCAAAUGAUUCAGUACUCAAGGUUUUUCUUCAACUCCUUGACGAUGGUAUGUUGACCGAUGGCAAAGGGCAGGUCGUAGAUUUCAAGAACACAAUCAUCAUUAUGACAUCAAAUCUAGGAGCAGAGCACCUAACAUCGAGAAUGGCUGAGAAAAAUACAAUCAAAGCUGAAAGAGAUCUUCUCAUGAAACAGGUUAAGAAGCGCUUCAAGCCUGAACUUAUCAAUAGACUAAGUCAGGUUGUGAUAUUUGAGCCACUUUCGCAUGGUGACUUGAGGGAGAUUGUGAAAAUCCAGAUGAAGAAUGUUGCUGCAACGGCAGCUAACAAGGGUGUCUCUGUACUUGCAACUGAUGCAGCCCUAGAUGUCAUUUGGUCAGAAUCACAUGACCCGGUGGACGGUGCAAGGCCCAUAAGAAGGUGGGUGCAGAAUCACGUGACCACGAUUCUCUCAGACAUGCUGGUCGAUGGAGAAGCCUGUGCAGGCUCGACAAUCUCCAUCGAUGCUGCGGACGAUAAGAGGGUUCUAACGUUCCAAGUGAUGAAGAAGCAAGAUGACUAGGCAGAUCAAUGAGAUGAUUUUAGCCGUUGUAACUCCCAUGAUAGAUAAAGAAAAUGUAUCCUAAAACAUAAUGCAUAGGCAUGUAAUGUACACAGAAGUGAUCAGGUGAACAUAUUGUAUUGUAGUAAAUAAAGGGUUAAUGAAUGUAAUGACAAGUGCGUAUGGGUGUUUGUUGUUUCUUUGUUUGACUGUUUUUUCUUCUUUAACUUCC